CGGGCUAUGGCGCUUUCCCGGCUGCAGGGAAAGUGCCCGAGCUGGGAGAAGUGUUUCUCUUGCUGCAGGAGGCGGAGGCGAGGUUGGGAGCAGGGAUCCCAACUCCCCAAGUUCCCGAUUCGCCUUUUGGCGGCCGCGGGAGGGGCGGGAGAGCUUCCUGGCUGCUCUGCCAUGACCUCCCGGCCACCUCCAGGCAGUGUUUGCAGGCUUCCUUGCAAGCGACAGCCCCUACCAUGUAACCUGACCUGUGCAGCCAGGGGCCUGGUGGUGGUGGUGGUGCGGCGGCGGCGGCAGUAGCGCGCGGCCAUUGAGCUUCCUCUCCUCCUCUUCUUGCCCAUGAAUCUGGUUAAAUGAAUACCUGACGAAAGGGCCCACGUUUCAAGGCAGUGACAUUUGAUAGCUGAGAGGAAAAGUGGCUUUAAUGAAAAGCAACCUUUGGAAUUCCUGCUUGUGAGGAGGAGAAGAAGAAGAGGAAGAGGGGGAAAAAUCCAAUUCAGCUUUUUUGUGCUGCCAGCAAGAAAUGAUCAGUAGCACCAGUGUUUAUGCAACUCUGGAAGAAAUCUAUCUCUUACAGAGCGGGUUAUGGGGCAGCGAAAGAGGCUUGAAGAUGCAGUGGACGCCAGAGCAUGCCCAGUGGCCAGAGCAGCACUUUGACAUCACUUCAACAACCCGGUCUCCUGCCCACAAGGUAGAAGCUUACCGUGGACACCUGCAACGCACCUACCAGUAUGCUUGGGCUAAUGAUGACAUCUCUGCUCUAACUGCCUCAAAUCUGCUGAAAAAAUAUGCAGAAAAGUAUUCUGGUAUUUUGGAAGGGCCAGCUGAACGGCCUAUCCUAAGUAACUACUCAGAGCCUCCAUCAGGGCUGGUGAAUGGCCGCAAGAGUGAAAGUGAACCCUGGCAGCCUUCUUUGAACUCUGAGAGUGUUUAUCCUAUGAACUGUGUCCCAGAUGUUAUCACUGCCAGCAAAGCUGGAGUAAGUACUGCCCUCCCUCCAGCAGAUGUCUCUGCCAGUAUAGGGAGUUCACCUGGGGUGGCUAGUAACCUGACAGAAUCUAGUUAUUCUAGUAGUACAUGUGGAAGUCAUACGGUACCCAGUCUGCAUUCAGGGCUCCCAUCUCAGGAAUAUGCCACAGGAUACAAUGGAUCUUACUUGCAUACAAGUUAUAGUGGCCAGCCAACACCUGCACUUCCUUCACCUCAUCCAUCCCCUCUGCAUAGCUCUGGGCUUUUACAACCACCCCCACCUCCACCACCCCCUCCAGCCCUAGUACCAGGCUACAAUGGAACGUCUAAUCUUUCCAGUUAUAGCUAUCCAUCUGCAAGUUAUCCCCCUCAAAGUGCUGUUGGGCCUGGAUAUAGCCCUGGUGGUGCUCCUCCUCCUUCAGCAUAUCUGCCUUCAGGAAUCCCUGCUCCAACUCCUCUUCCCCCUACUACAGUACCUGGUUACAGCUACCAGAGUCAUGGUUUAACACCCAUUGCACCCUCUGCCCUGACAAACAGUUCAGCAAGUUCUCUGAAAAGAAAAGCUUUCUAUAUGGCAGGACAAGGAGAAAUGGACUCCAGUUAUGGAAAUUACAGCUAUGGCCAACAGAGAUCUACACAAAGUCCUAUGUACAGGAUGCCCGACAACAGCAUUUCAAAUGCCAACAGAGGGAAUGGCUUUGACAGGAGUGCUGAACCACCAUCCUUAGCAUUUAAGCCAACAAAACAGAUAAUGGCUUCUGAACAGCAAAGGAAAUUCAGCCAGUCCAGUAGGGCUCUGACACCCCCUUCCUACAGCACUGCUAAAAAUUCACUUGGGUCAAGAGCAAGUGAACCAUUUGGGAAGUACAGCUCUCCAGUAAUGAAUGAACACAGUGAUGAGCAUAGACAACUCCUUCCUCACCCAGUGCAAGGCCCAGGACUUCGUGCAGCUACCUCAUCCAACCACUCUGUUGACGAGCAACUGAAAAAUACUGACGCACACCUCAUUGACCUUGUAACCAAUGAGAUUAUCAGCCAAGGACCUCCUGUGGACUGGAAUGACAUUGCUGGCCUAGAUUUGGUAAAGGCUGUCAUUAAAGAGGAGGUUUUAUGGCCAGUAUUGAGGUCAGAUGCAUUCAAUGGGCUGAGUGCUCUACCUCGGAGCAUCCUUUUGUUUGGACCUCGGGGAACAGGCAAAACAUUAAUGGGCAGAUGCAUAGCUAGCCAGCUGGGAGCCACAUUUUUCAAAAUCACUGGCUCCGGUCUUGUCACAAAGUGGAUAGGGGAAGGAGAAAAAAUUGUUCAUGCCUCCUUCCUUGUGGCAAGGUGUCGCCAGCCCUCAGUGAUUUUUGUUAGUGACAUUGACGUGCUACUUUCAUCCCAAGUGAAUGAAGAACACAGUCCAGUAUGUCGAAUGAGAACUGAGUUCCUUAUGCAGCUGGACACUGUGCUAACUUCUGCUGAGGACCAAAUAGUAGUAAUUUGUGCCACCAGUAAACCGGAAGAAAUAGAUGAAUCUCUUCGAAGGUACUUCAUGAAACGACUUUUAAUCCCACUUCCUGACAGCACAGCAAGGCACCAGAUAAUAGUACAACUGCUCUCACAGCACAAUUACUGUCUCAAUGACAAGGAGGUUGCACUGCUUGUCCAGCGCACGGAAGGCUUUUCUGGACUAGAUGUUGCUCAUUUGUGUCAGGAAGCGGUAGUAGGCCCACUCCAUGCCAUGCCAGCCACAGACCUUUCAGCCAUUAUGCCCAGCCAGUUGAGGCCCAUUACAUAUCAAGACUUUGAAAAUGCUUUCUGCAAGAUACAGCCUAGCAUAUCUCAAAAAGAGCUUGAUACAUAUGUUGAAUGGAACAAAAUGUUUGGUUGUAGUCAGUGACAAGUCUUUUUUUAAAAAAAAAUGUAAUGAAUGUUGGUGCGUGCACACACACACACAUACAUACACACAAACCUGUUACAUAGGGCAUGGAACCCCUCUUCAGUAGAGUUAAAAUUGUGAAAGAGUACUGUGCGGGGGAGGGGGGGACAAUGAUCACCUUGCAUCAAAAGAGCCAGGUGUAGGUUUGAAGGAAUAUUGCAUCAAACAAGAGCUGUUGAUCUGAAAAGCCACAGAUGACAGAAAGCAUCUGUUGAUGCUCCAUUCUCUUCAGGCUAGACAACACACUCUCGCCGUGGAGCAAGGAGCCAAGUGGCUUGAUUUUUAGAAGGACAUGAACCCUGUGUGUUGAUUCCAUUCUGCUGUUCUCGAGAUUUAGUUGCUGUCAAGUGCCUGAAGUGGUGCUUUCUCCCCCUCCCUUCUUUUCAUUUUCUUUUCUUUUUUGUUGGCCUCACAAUUACAUUGGUGGCAUGUGCUAAUAUAAAGAGCUUUAACUUCAAAAUGUUAUGGGACUAAAGAAAUGAAUGGUUGCAUUGCGACAGAGAACUACAUUUUUAUUUUGUUUUCUUAUUUUUUUUGGCUAAACUAAGAGCAACAGUAUUCCUCAAUCCUGUCUGUUCUGCAGUACUAAACUAAGAACAGGUAAAACAGGGUAAUGGUAAUCUGGACCUUAAUUUCUGCAGUUCAUUUCUUUUAAUGUUCUGUCUGCAAAAAAAGAAAAAAGAAAAAAAACUCAGGAAAGUGAUUGUGAUUUGUACAGUACCUCAAAGGAAUGUGUUGAAAGCACUAUGUACUGCUGAGAGUUAAUAGGAUAGGCUUCAAUGUUACUUUAUAUUAAAUAUGUAUGUAUGUUUACCUCAACAGUUGAAAAAAAAUGGCAAGGAGAAAUAUUUUGAAUGUAUCCAGGAGCAAGCUGAAGUAUGUUAUAAAUGAGUCUUUCAGCAUUUCAAAAUAGAACCAGAGAGGGUAUCCCAGUGUUUAGGAAAUGGUUUUCUCCCCCCCCCCCAAUAUUGGGGAUCAAAUUGGAACAAGAGAAUUUUCGUGGCAGUAGUGUGUGGAAGUCCUUAAGUCCUUGACAGUUUUGUGACACAUUGGUAGACAGUCCACCAACGGCAAGAAAGCCACCCUGUCGAAUUAAGUAAUCAUCUGAGACAGUCAAAGGCAACAUCUAGUUAGGACUCUGAGAGGCAAAUUACCUUAGACUACAAUGGCUUUUAUACCAUGUUUAGAGAUGUAGUGUCUUGAUUAUUUCACUGCGUCAAUAGAACAAAAUCAUUCUAGGUCACUAAGAAAGGUUGUGGGUUGCAAAGCUGUUUGCAGCAAUGCAGUGGAUAGUAACCGAACAAAAAAGCAAGAAAAAUGUAAGUCCUCCAAUCACAAUUUUCUUCCUCAUCUUCCAUUUCCAAAAGAUGAAUGAAUUUUUUUUUGCUGGGGGAGGGUUGUGUGUACAUUGUCUUUUCCAUUUUUGUCUCUCUCUUUUUUGGGUAAAUGUGCCCACCAUUUUAUUUCUACCUCAGUUUUUGUUAAAUUCCUCUUUGGAAAGCAAAGUAAAGAUGAGGACAAGCUGGAUUACAUCUAGGAUGCUAACCUCCUUAAUGACUUUAAUAGAACCCUAUGAACAUUUUACUCAGUAAGUUGCCCAGAGUUCCAGGAGAUUUAACUCCCAAGGAAGUGUGCUUAGUAUUUCAAUCUAAGGGAAGGGAAGGGAAAGGAGGGGAUGGAGGAAGAUUCAGUUCUGGAGUGAAGCCCAUCUAUAUCUUUUACCUCUUCCCUCCUUGUCCAGAGAGGGCAAAUGUUGCCGAGUCUUCCUUCUGGAAAGGCAGACUAGCUAGCAUGUGUGGCUUUUUGUUCUUUUUGUGCUUCCACUCCACAUUGUCUUUUUUAUUAUUCUUUAAUGCUUUUAUGAGCAAUUCUGUUCAUGACAGCUGACUGAUGCUGGUAAUGUCUCUGAGCACUGUAGCAAUCCGAGCCUUUACAGCCACACGAGCAGAACAGUCUCCCCCACUUUUUUUGAAGUGAUUUUCUGUUUACUUUAAAGAGAGAGUAGCAAAACACUUGCAAAGCACUGGCAUUUAAUGUUUCUUUUAAGUAAUGUACCUUCAAUUACAUGAAAUAAAUGCACUGAAAAGCCCUAAGGAGAAAAAGACCAAUCAGUUACCUGGUUAUUUUGUAUCUUUAAAGCUACUUUCCAGUUAUCAUACUUGACAUUUAGUCAGUUGAAACAUUAGGGAUGAGAAAGUUAAUAUUGGGUAGGUAGAUUGUAUUUUAUUUCUGAUUAUUGAUUUCCUUUUAAUUUCUUAAAAUUUCUUUUAAUAUCCAUGGCUAAGAACAGAGCAAAUAAACCAAAAUGUACAUUCUAGCAAUUCUUUUAUUCAAUCUAAAUCUAGUGUUGUUGCUUUUAAGGCAGAAGGUGCAUUUAAAAAAAACACAGUGCCUUUCACUGAUAUAGUAAAGUAAGAUGCUUUGCAUUUUCAAGUAGUGAAUGCCUUCCUUUUUGCCUUUCAAUACUCUUACAUUUCUUCUAUUAUAUCUUCCUUUCUGUUUGUGAAGCCCAGGUAUCCCGUUUCCCAAUGAUUCACAUUGAUCUUGCAGACAGGUUUGCUGAUGCAGAUUGCUGAUCUGUUUUUCAUCUUUUACACAUUGCAUUUUGUGUUUGCUAUCAAGCUGUGCUCAUUUGAAAGAUUCAAGCAUGUUUUGAAGAACUAACUCAUACUCACACCAGAAAUUCUAUGCUUUCUACUAAAUCAAUAUUAUUAACUAAACUUAAGUAAACAUAAUGUCAUAUACAUGACCACAUAAAAUAUAAAGUUUUCUAUCCCCAUAGCCCACUAAAUAAAAUUAAAAACUACUUCAAUAGAAUUUUCAGGUCACAUUUUGGCUCCCAUUUUACAUCAUAUAUGUUGGGAAAGGUAAUUAUUAUUUCAAUUAGCUUUAAAUAUAAAAAGCAAAAUGAUGAAGCUGAAAGAAUUAAAAGUGUGUGUGUGUGUGUGUGUGUGUGUACACCCACACACCCACACCUACCCACUUGAAUCCAUUGAUGCAUUGAUGCAAGCACCAGGGGAUUAGGUUUUCAUCCCACCUGGUAGCUAGCUGCAGCUAGUGGCUAUAAUGCUUUACAUAACAUGAGGAAAAUACUUUUGUUUACCCUAUCUUCCUACCAACUGGAAGCAAGCUAUGAUAUUCUAUCAGUUCCUGCCAAUGGAAGUUCCCUGAUAAAUGGAAUCGCACAGCCUUUGUCCAGUGUGCUCAGACCCCAUUUGCUCAUUUUUAACGAACUAUCCUUAUGCUAGUUGGAAGCAACUGCUUUCAUGCAUCCCAUGUGAAUAGGGCCAUUCUUUUCUUAUGCUGCUACAUUUCCUUCUGUACCCUAUAUGUCUCAAUACAAAAGAAAUGGAUCCUGACUUAAGCUUCUAAGGUGUUGGAUGAUCCAUGAAAGAGAAGACUAGCUUUUGUGAGGGAAUCAAUAUGACCAACAUAUAAAAGUGUUCUGCGGAUUUAAAAUGGCUUCUGUAGGAAGGUAUCUGCUAUCUUUUUCCAUUGGUCAGAACUAUGGGUUCUGUAUCAACAAUAAAUAAAUAAAAACUUUGGGCAAGAAUUGUCAGAUUCCAUAUUGGGCAGAUCUCAUGUGCCUUUCAUAGAAGGGGGAAUAUUAAUAGUUUCAGCUUCUCCCACCAUUAUAUCUACAUGAUAAUUGAAACUGCACCUGCCAAACUCUUCCUUCUGUAAAACUGGUAAUUAGUUAAGGACAACAAAGCCCUGCCUGAUAGCUUGUUGGAAUGUUCUUUGAAUACUUUGGGGUAGACAACUAUUGCAUGCUGGCUGUAGUAGCCUAUCAAAAUGUGUGGGAUGAGAUAAUAAUAGAAACCACCAUUUAUUUGCAUAAGAUGAGGCUUCUUCUUCAACUACAAUAACAAUUCCAAGAACAGAAAAAGCAGGGACAAUUUUAUGCCAGCCAAAUUAUCAAGGCCAAUUCAAAAUGCAGCAUCAUGACCUUUAUAUGAGUUUAUACAGAAAUGCUCUACAUUUCUGGCAUGCUUCUUUCCCCAAAAUAUUUAGACCAUUAAAGAUAGUAGUGAAAAGUUUGCUGACUGAGCUGAUCAAUGGAAUGUGAAAGCAGUUUAAGGCUAUUUACUUUUGCACAAAAUAUUUCUCUAUUAGUCAAUUUGUAUUCUAUUCAAAUGCAGAUAGAUGGGUAAAAUGGUUUUUCUUGUGCAUUUCAAACCCAUCAAGGAGAAAAUAAAACCUCCCAGUAAAACACAUAGGCAAAGCACCAUCUGGGAAAGCUAGCUCAUCUGUCCAGGGGCUAUGCUCUGUAAAAUAGUACAAGGUCAUUUUAUAUGGGCUGGCGUAAUACUUUGCUAGGCAAUUUUCGAAAGGAGAUAAUCUAGUGUAAAAACCCCAAUUAAUUCCAACAGAUGUUGGUAGAUGGUAAUGUGUUUACAUGUCAAAAGCUGCAAACAAAGGUUUCUGCUGCCUGAAAAUGUGUGUAACUUUGAAUAGACUGUUAUAAGGACCAGCUUAUGUGUUUCAUUCAAAUCAAUGCAGACCUCAUUCUAUGAAAUUGAAAUAUUUCCUUUCUAAAGCGAGAUCUCAAAAAUAAAACAUUGAAGUUGACUUUAAAUUUUGUUCAUACCAUUUAUUGCCGCCCACGCUCAUCAGUUUGAAUUACUUCUGAUUUGAGAAAUGCCUAUCUUAUCCUAAUCUCUAAGGUACAUGCUGUAUAUGUUAGCUUUCUUCACUAGCCUACUAGGAAAAUCUCCUACGUAAGAUCCAUUGACAUGCAUGUGUGUUGCCCACUUCUGCACCUCCCAGGCAUUUCAAUGGGAUUUACGUAGGUAAAACUCCUGGUACGCAUAUGCUCCAGAACUGAAGAUCAACAUGCGUUCCCCUUACAGCACUAACUUCAUUUCAUCUUGUAUGUGUGCAUGUGUUUAUACAAUAGUUAUCUGUACAUAUAUACAUAACCCGAAGUAUUUUUGCUUUCACUUUCCUUUGAAAGAUAAAAAGCUUUCUGUUCCUUAAUCAUUUGCAGAUUUAUACGUAUAUGAAGCACAUUAGUAAACACAGAGCCAGAAAUAUUCCUACACUCAAAAGAAGCAGCUGUACUGGGGACUAGUCAAUACAUGAACUGAAUCUCCCACUCUGCAAAGACCUUUGGUUGACAUUCGAUUUUGAACCUGCCAGAUACAUUUUUGUGAACCAGGGAUACUGCAUCUUUAAUGAACAAGUCUCUAUUCUUUCCCCUGUUUUUAAAUACAACACAAGAAGUGUAGCACUAGGCACUGCAAUUGUCAAAGACAAUUAGACUGAAAGCAGGAAAAUUUCACCUCCCUGUCUCGGUGAUAUGUAGAAUGUCGGCAGUGUGGGUCAGCCUUGCUACAGAGUUGUGUGAGAAUAUAUGAAUCAGUCCUAUAGAAUGUUAAAUAUUUAUAAAAUGGUUCUGUUCUACACCAAGGUUGGGAAUGCAGUCAUUCCUCCUUGUUGUCUUACAAUACACAAAGAGGCAAAAGUUUAUUUUCACACCUAAACUUCACGUGUAUGUUCUUUUCUUUCUUUCCUUCUGUUGUGGUUUAUAUGCAGUCGCUUGAGGGUUUUUUUCUGCUUCCUUUUUAUGUAUAUUAUAAAUCUAUAUAUAUAUAUAUAUAUAUUUUCCCCACCGUCGCAUUGGGUGUGCAUUCAGACAUUGUUCUUUAAAACCAUUUCUACCUCAUUGCUACAUAUUGUACAUGUAGUAUUUAUUUGUUGUCUUUUUUUGAAUGUCAUGCAUUUCGUAAGAAAGACUUGUCCUUGAACUUGAACAGUCUACCUCAGAAAGACUGUCUCUACACUGAACAGUAUUAACAACUGAAAUGAUAAGACACAUUAGCAAAGUGUGGCAGGGUAGAUAAUGCAUGAGGACUUGGGAUACUGAUGGACUUUUAAUUGUACUCUUGUAACACAAGAUUGCUUAAAGGAACUUAAAGGAAAUUAUGCACUGUGCAGAUCUUUAUCAAGGUCCCACUUUUUGGCAUGCUAUAGGAAAAUGCAGCUUUAUUCUGAUGGACCCUGAUUUGGGGGAGGGGGAAUAAUUGUCAAUUUUCUUAAGCAUUAUUUGCAUUUGCAAUCUGUCUACAUUCUAUUACUGUAUCGUGUUAACUGACAACAAUACAACUUGGCUCUUAAACUGGAAACAAAUGAUAGUAUUUAAGGAUUAUUUUUAUCUUCAGUAAUGUAAAAAUGUGUCACACUGUAAGUCUGUAAGUUUCCUAUUCCCUGUGUACAGUACUGAAAAGAAACAAACUGCAUUUGUAAGAGUCUACAAGGUUUAAACAUAAACCAAAAAUGGAAAAAAGAGGCACUUCCCAAAGGACUUUAAAAUAUGGGCUUCAAUCCUGCACACUAUUUCUCAUGUCUAAAUGCCACUGAAAUUUAUUUACACAUGCACAAAUGUGCACAGGAUUGCAGCCAUGGAAUCAAGGUGCUCAUGUGUUCUGUAAUCAAAUAGUUUUGUUGCUAAUUCUGCUUUAUCAACAUGUUUGGUUUUGGAUGCAAUUGUACACAGAUGGCACAUUUGGAAGUACUUUGUAUGAAGUAUUUUACAUUUUAUUAUUUAUUUUUGCAUCAUUUCCCCCACCCCUUUGUCUCCAAAAGCUUUGUAUUACUGUAGGGGGAAGGAUACAAUUUGUUUUCUUUCUCUCGCUUUAAAAAAAUAUAUAUAUAAAAAGAAAAUACUGAAAUGGGUAAGCCACCCCAGUCAAUGCAUGAACUUUUCUAGUUGCUUGUCAGCAAAUUGUGGAUCUUUUUACAAAAGCAAAUGAACUGUGACAAUCCACAACUCUCACAGAUGUGAAUGCAGAAAUGCAUCUGAAAAUUCUUGGUAUGCCUGACAAUCUGUUCUUUAAGUUCCAUUUAAAAAGUAGCAUCAGAUCCUUUCCACUGCAGUUUCUUGAAAGAGUAUCAUUGUCUUGAGGGUGUCUAAUGUAAUGAUUUAAGAGGUGGGGGGAUUAUUUCUGUUUGUUUGCUGUAUUAGGUGAGGGAUGCCAUAUUUCUUGUCAACUAAUAGUACUUGUCUGGGGACAGAAAUUGUUUUUUGUUAAAGCCCAACUAAAUUAAAAUUUUGGUGCACUUUGCUUUCCUGGCCAUAUUGAUUUUAUUUGCUUAAAUUGAAACAAUGUGUUGGAUUUGACCAGUUUUUGACCUCUCACAGGGAGGGAAAAGCCUUUAUAGUACAAGUUUCUUUGGAUUCUUCUGGUACUUGUUUUGCUUAUUUAUUCAGCAAACUCAAAAUCAUUUUUGUUGUGCAUUAUUUUGCAUCUGCUGAAACUAAAUGUGAUAUUAUUGCACUCAUUAAAAAUGAAACAAUCCAUUUCUCUUGGAAAAAAAUGACAAGCUUUAGAUGAUGAAAGCUUAAAUUAUCCAUCACUUUCAAAAUGAAUUCAUAUAAUUUGUGAACAUUAUUAAUGUAAAUGAGACAUUUCUGCUUAGAUUUUUUUUUUGAUGGGAUCAUUAUAUGGUUGAUCAUAUGUGUGUAGGAAGCUGCUGUACAAUUAACCUGGAGAUCUGAAAAUGCUUUUUUGUCCUCAUUGUUACAGUUUCAAUUGUAAUCCAUGCAUCUCAUUUUCUUGGGUGUUAGCACUGUAAUAUAAAAAAAACCCAGUGCUCAGUAUUGUAACUAACUGUCCCUACUGAAUAUUCCUUUUCAUAAAUACUUGCUACCACAGGGAAAUUAAGUUUUCAUAUAGAAUAACUAGUUUCAGUAGUAAUCAUUGAAGAAUUAAAAAUAAAAGUUGUGGUUCAAGGCAGAUAUUUUUAUGAAAAGUUUUCUCUAUUGUAAAAUUUGUUGUAUAUGGCUAUGCUACUAUCAUGGAAUAUGAAAAGAACAAGCAUACCUCAAAUAAAAGAAUUCUGAGUUAAAAAUAA